GACUAAAUGGACGUCUUCCAACCACUCAAGCCACUGAGUAAUACGUGGAAUUAUUAUCGCUUCCAAAUACCGGCCAGUGUAGCUCCAUUAGAAGCUCUUCAUUCAUUUCGUUUAUGUGUCCAUUUACAAAAGAAGACGAUCGGAGAGACGUGCUUAGAUUGUGUUGCUCCAUUCUCUGACCACUUCAUAUAUGAAGAUAUAAAGCUUAUAUAGUAAAGAGAUCUAGUUUGUGUCGAAAACAGCCCAGAAAGAAAUUUUAAUCAAAAUGUUUGUAUACGAUCUUAUAGGAGUAAUUGUGAUCGAAACAUCGCUCAUGUUGGCGUGUUUACCUCGACGGCAACUUUCAUCGGGCCAACUAUGGCUCCCGUGCACUGUAAACAAAACCGCCAUCGAAUCUUCAACGCUCGUGCACAAACUGGCCUCGGUUUGCUCGAAUGAAAUGUUUUGCGCUCUUCACGCCACGAGGAUUCAGGGCGUGAGCCUGUAUUGCGUGGACGAUGGUCGCUGCGAGAUGUGGGACGAGGCAAGUCUCUUCGUCGGGAACCCGCAACUACACGAGGCCAAUACUGGCUGCUUCCUCGUCGGCGCGGGCUGCACAAAAUUCGAUGGCAGCGGAAAAGUGGAGGUCGGAGAACUUGUUCCAAAAUCUCGUCAGGAUGCAUACGUUUUAUACUUUUACGACGUUACAUUAUUGGGUGAAGUUGUGGUUGGGUAA